UUGGGUUCGAAAACAAAUCUUUUUGCCGCUACGAGUAAAUUGAUUUUGGAUUUAGGGUUUUGGAUUUCAUGUGUUAGUCUCUCCAUCGAUCGCGACCUGAGUUUUUAAAGCGUCUUACCGGGAUUUCGCCAUUACCGCCGCCGACGAUCCCCAAUAUUUCGCAGUGCAAUUGAAGUGUCGCCACUCUUUUCCAUUUCCUUUGUUUAGAGUUCUGUUAUGGAGGACAUUGAGAAUAAUAUUGAAGAAGAUGAAUUUGGGUUCUCGAGAAAUUACUUUCUCGCAAAAGAAUUGGGUGGAACAGGCAAGAAAUCGGCUCAUAAACUCUCCGAUAUCAAUGUCGUUGAUGAGCAGGAGCUUAGAGCAGCGGCAUCUAACAUCGAAAUGAAACAUGAGAAAGAGAUUGCUGCGCUGAUGGAUGAAUACAAGACUAUGUACCCUAAGUGGGUCUUUGAGCUGAGGUGUGGCUUUGGCCUUUUAAUGUAUGGAUUCGGAUCUAAGAAGGCUCUAAUUGAGGAUUUCGCAUCUUCUUCUUUGACUGAGUAUUCAGUCGUGGUUGUCAAUGGCUACCUCCCUUCUGUAAACUUGAAACAGGUUUUGACAACCUUAGCUGAACUACUAUCUGAUCAGUUGAAAUCUAGAAGAAAGAGUUCUUCUGCGAGCUCGUGUAAAUGUCAGGAAACGUUUUCUUCUCGUUCAAUAGACGGUCUUCUCUCUUUUCUACAUGGCCCUCAGUCAGACGACAAAGACUGCUUUGUAUGUGUUGUCAUUCAUAACAUUGAUGGACCUUCUCUAAGAGACUCCGAAUCACAGCAAACCCUAGCCCGUCUUGCUUCCUGUUCACAUAUACGCAUCAUUGCCUCCAUUGACCAUGUUAACUCACCAUUACUAUGGGACAAGAAAAUGGUUCACACACAGUUCAACUGGUUGUGGCACCAUGUUCCGACAUUUUCACCAUACAAGAUCGAAGGAAUCUUUUUCCCGCUGAUUCUUUCACAAGGAAGCUCGGCCCAGACCGCCAAAACAGCCGCCAUAGUCUUGCAGAGUUUGACACCCAAUGCCCAGAAUGUCUUCAAGAUCCUUGCAGAGUAUCAGCUCUCACACCCAGACGAAGAUGGCAUGGCGACGGAAAAUCUUUACACGAUGGCGCGGGAACGAUUCUUUGUGAGCAGCCAAGUGACACUGAAUUCACACUUGACGGAGUUCAAAGACCAUGAACUGAUCAAGAUUAGACGGAACUCUGAUGGACAAGACUGUCUCUGUAUUCCUCUUGCCCCCGAAGCUCUUCAACAGCUCUUGCUUGAUCUCAGUCAAUAGCUCUAUCCAAAUGUGAAAUCUCUAUUUUUUUUUUCUCAUUGAAAUUUUUUGCUUUCACUUAUCAUUAUGAUUUAAUUCCGAUUAGGUUCUCUUCUGAUCUCAAUUAGUAUUGUAAAUUAUGUUUAAACAGACAUCUUUAGUUGUGUUUA